CUUGUUGCUAACUAUAAAUUCUGUCUCUCCCUCACUCCUCUUGUGUCCAAUAAUUCAAUCACCUUCAUUUUUCAGACUUGUUCAUUUUCUCUCUAAGUAAAACUUAAUUUCAUCAUCAUAAAAUUAUGGCAGUUUCUUCAGGUCCUGUAUUCAGAAUUAACCAGCCUACUUUACCGUAUUUAACAAGUCCAAGAUUUCACCUCACUAAGAAAAAGUUUCUUGUAAAAGCUUCUGUGAAUGGUUCAGAUGAAAUUAAUGGGAAGAUAGUAAGAAACAAAGAAAAAGAUAGUUGGCAGAUUGACUUUUCAGGAGAUAAGCCACCUACACCAUUUUUGGAUACAAUCAAUUAUCCAAUGCAUAUGAAGAAUCUAUCCAAACUGGAUCUUGAACAUUUAGCUGCAGAAUUAAGAGCAGAGAUUGUUUAUUCAGUGGCAAAAACAGGAGGCCAUUUGAGUUCAAGUUUAGGUGUUGUGGAUUUAACUGUGGCUUUGCACCAUGUUUUUGAUACUCCUGAGGAUAAAAUUAUAUGGGAUGUUGGUCAUCAGGCAUAUGCACACAAAAUCUUGACAGGAAGGAGGUCCAAAAUGCAUACAAUUAGAAAGACUUCAGGGCUAGCACCAUUUCCAAAAAGAGAUGAAAGUGUAUAUGAUGCUUUUGGUGCAGGGCAUAGUUCAACAAGCAUCUCUGCUGGUCUUGGCAUGGCGGUUGCUCGAGAUCUUUUAGGGAAAAACAACCAUGUCAUUUCUAUAAUCGGAGAUGGAUCCAUGACAGCAGGACAAGCAUAUGAGGCCCUGAAUAAUGCAGGGUUCCUCGAUUCGAAUCUAAUCGUCAUCCUGAAUGAUAAUGAACAAGUUUCUCUACCAACUGCAACUUUAGAUGGCCCUGCAACUCCAGUAGGAGCCCUCAGCGGUGCCUUAAGCAAACUCCAAGCUAGUCGUAAGUUUAGACAACUUCGCGAAGCUGCAAAGAGUAUAACAAAGCAAAUUGGUCCUCAAGCACAUGAAGUUGCAGCUAAAGUAGAUGAAUAUGCAAGGGGAAUGAUUAGUGCUUCUGGUUCCACUCUUUUUGAGGAACUCGGAUUGUAUUAUAUCGGUCCAGUAGACGGACACAAUAUCGAAGACUUGAUCAGUAUUUUACAGAAGGUGAAAUCAAUGCCAGCACCAGGACCAGUCCUAAUUCACAUUGUAACAGAGAAAGGAAAAGGAUAUCCACCAGCAGAAGCAGCAGCCGAUAAAAUGCACGGGGUGGCACAGUUUGAUCCGAAAACAGGACAGCAAUUUAAGGCCAAAUCGCCUACUCUUUCAUAUACUCAAUACUUUGCUGAAUCACUGAUUAAAGAAGCCGAAAAUGAUGACAAGAUUGUAGCUAUCCAUGCUGCAAUGGGUGGUGGAACUGGCCUUAAUUAUUUCCAAAAACGAUUCCCGGAGCGUUGUUUUGAUGUUGGCAUUGCUGAGCAACAUGCAGUUACCUUCGCAGCCGGUUUAGCUACAGAAGGACUAAAACCAUUCUGUGCUAUCUACUCCUCGUUCUUACAACGAGGCUAUGAUCAGGUGGUGCACGACGUGGAUCUUCAGAAAUUACCUGUCCGGUUUGCAAUGGACCGAGCCGGUUUGGUUGGUGCGGACGGUCCAACACAUUGUGGAGCGUUCGAUGUAGCGUACAUGGCUUGUUUGCCUAAUAUGGUAGUAAUGGCUCCAUCAGAUGAAGCAGAGCUAAUGCAUAUGGUUGCAACAGCAGCUGCUAUUCAUGAUAGGCCUAGUUGCUUCAGAUUUCCUAGAGGAAAUGGAAUUGGUGCAGUUCUUCCUCAAAACAAUAAAGGAAUACCAAUUGAGGUUGGUAAGGGAAGAAUACUCAGAGAAGGUGAAAGGGUUGCCAUUUUAGGAUAUGGUUCCAUAGUACAACAAUGUUUGGGUGCUGCAGACAUCUUGCAAUCCCAUAAUGUAAGAAUAACAGUAGCUGAUGCUAGGUUCUGCAAGCCAUUGGAUGCUGAUCUUAUUAGGAGAUUAGCCAAAGAACAUGAAAUCUUGAUCACUGUAGAAGAAGGAUCAAUUGGAGGAUUUGGCUCACAUGUGGCUCAUUUCUUAAGCCUAAACAGCAUUUUGGAUGGACCCCUUAAGUUGAGGUCAAUGGUACUUCCAGAUAGAUACAUUGAUCAUGGUUCACCACUUGAUCAAAUUGAAGCAGCUGGUUUAUCAUCUAGGCAUAUAUCUGCUACAAUUCUAACAUUAUUGGGAAGGCCAAAGGAAGCUAUGGUAGUAAAUUAAAUAUCCAAGAGUGAGAUUCUGUAGAGUUUAAGAGACGGAUUAGAAUUCUAAUCAUUAGAUUGUAGUUCCAGGACAUGUGCCAUUGUUUUUGCACUGAAUUAAUCAAAGAUUCAGAUGUAUCACAUGUGCUAGUAGUGCAUAUUUUUGUCAUUUCAUGUUGUGUAGAAAGGGUUGUAAAAAUAAGAAUUUACUAAAAGUCCUAUGCACUGGUUUAAUUUCAAGAUAUAUAAUGGGUGUUGACAGAGUAA